GCCGAUCAGAUCCGUUUUUCUUCCUCCAAGUACAGCAGAAACUUGCGUACCUACCCGAUAUCACCAGUUACCAACUUCCCUUCCGCUCAGUUAGCAGGUAGAUAGCCCCAUAGAUCAAGUAUCGGACAACUAGAACUAUAGGCCUACCCUGACAAUGGAUGUCCCUGAAUCAGUAGCGAAUGGACUGGAAAGUGUAAAGUUUGAUGUGUGGCAAGACAUCUUGUUGACAAUGUUGUCUAUUCAAGACAUAUUUCAGCUCUGUGGUGUAAGCAAAUCCAUGCAACGGUUGCUGCUGAAUGAGUACACGUUCAGACGACUUUGUGUGCAACGCUAUCAUCUCAGUCCACAUUUGAAAGUGCCAUAUAUUCGAGUUGCAAAAAUUAUGUUUAUCGCUCACAAAGUAGCCAGUAUUGCCUUCAACGUCGAUGAAAGGAUAUUUAAUACAGACAAUACUUUUAAAUUGAUGGUGAAAAUGUUUGUCCGAAUAUUGAGCCUGGCGUUGAAGCCAUUCGCCUUUGCUAGCCUCAGACCGAGCUGGACAAAUGCUGCUUUACUUUAUCCACUUGUUGAAGGGAGUAGCUUGUACUCUCUGGCGGCUUCUCUGUUCUUACCGAACAUUUCUUCAAAUAAACUCCUGAACAGAUGCACGCCUAUCAAUCCAGAGAGACCGGUAGGCAGAACGAAGUACCGGCUAAAAGAUGUAACGGAUGUAUUGCUCGAAGAUUGUGGUUCGCUGGAACAGUACCAAGAGGCCAUCAUCACCAAUUUGGACGAAGAUAUCCACAAACUGGAGGAAUACAUGCCGUCUGCGAAUCGAUCAUCGAGGCUUGUUGGGCUUGCAAAUGGACUUCACAGCUUGGCCACGAUCGAAACAAGAAUAUGUUCAUACCUGGAAUUUGAUCGCUUUAAUCACUCUGCAUUCUUUCCUUUGGCAUGGACGUAUAAUCCUUAUUUGCAAUGGGCUUUUGUACAUGAUAUUAAUCACAAAUUGGAUACUUCCAACCCAGUGAUUGUUACUGAUGAAUGGAUUGACAUGUUUUCAGAAGUCACAAUCAAUCAUUCCGUUCUCACCCUUCUGAUAACGCGAAAACUACGCACUUCUCAGGCAGACGAUUACUUCACAGCUAUGAUAGAGUACGAAGACGGAUUGAGAUGUUUGCCGCAGUCCAGACGCCCCAAUCGUCACGACUUAUACCUAGGCUUGGGAGACUUUCUCCUUUCGUCGUCACAAGGACAGCAAAAUCAUAUUGAAUGGACGAAAGCGGAAUUGGUCGAAGCUAUGGUGCGAUAUGGCAAUGAACUACUCUAGGCAAGCAGCUACCCGGCCGUGGAGUACGAAGAGCUGAGAUAUAUCCUCACCAGCUCAUUUGCAUUAUUCACAACAUAUCUUUCAUACCCAAGUAGUAUCAAUGUCUACCUCUAUUUGUGAACAAUGCUCACCUUUGGUUCUGCCCAAUUUCCUCUUACUUAGUUUGACGUCAUUAAUAUCGAGUUAAGAACCUUACAAUUUUAUAUUGUUUCCAUGCGCUCUAUUAUUAUGUGUGCAUAUGAAGUUUAACAUGUGCGUAUUUUACCUACUGAACAGCUAACGCUUGUCAUAAAUGCGAUAUUGAUUUUGACUGUAUUACCCCGUCCCUCACAAAAAUCAGACAACAAA